UUUAUUUCAACAAGAAUUUGUCCAUUUAUAAAUUAUUGACUAAAGUGGCUUCUAUUUUAUGAAAAUAAAUAUGAAAUUAAUGAUCUGGAUAUUUUUGAUAUUUGUGGCAACAGUUUUCUCACAGGAUGGGGUAGAAGUUGGUUCGAGAGAUAGUAAUAGAAGUUUUAAAAAGGAUGAAAAUAGAAGAAGUACGUUAGAUGAGAAUGAUAAUAGUGAGGACGAAUCUAGAUCGAAUAGAAGGAAGAGUAUGGAGAAUGGUUUAGAGACAGUUAUUGGGUCAGGACGUUUCAAAUAUAAAUAUAAACGCAUGAAAGCUAAAGGUAUCGAUGCAAAAGGGAAAUUUCGAUCACGUGGAGUUAAAGGUUAUGGUAUGAUCUCGUCAGAAUCCUCACAAUUUCUAAUUGAAGAGAAUUUGGAUAAAUAUGGUCGAGCGAAACCUAUUAAAUCAAAAUUCAAAACUUAUGGAAAAAAGAAAAAAUAUUCCAAAAAGAUCGUUGAUGACCAAUUUGAUACUAAAGGUAAUUUAAUUGAAGAACGUAAAUAUAAACACACUGGUAAUUAUCAAGCGAAUGGUACUCAUCUUUAUAUCGAUUUACAAACACAAAAAGAGAGAGAUGAAAAAUGGAGAUUAAGAACGAAUAAUAAUGAACGGAAGGAUAACAGCUCAAGUGGAAAAGUAGACGGUCAUAAAAAUGAUCGUGAACAAAUAAAGAUUGUCCGCAAUUAAGUAGAUUCAUCUGGAGGUAAUGAAAAGUUUUCUUCAAUGAAUUAAAUCAUAUCGAAUUGAAUAGUUUUAUCUAUAAUAAUAUUCUAACUACUAUUUUCUUAUCCUCAUUAAUCCUACUUCACUUUCUAACAAUCAUAACCAAUUUGAAAUGAUCAUUGUAAAUUUUAAACAAAAAUCUACAUGUAAAUCUUGUAAUAUGAACAAUAAACUAUACACUACUGUUAACACCAUAAUGAUUAUAUCAAUUAGAAGAAUAGUUAAUGAAAUUGUUAUAACGCUCGGUUUUACUAUGUACACAGGCAUGGGAUGUUAAUUUACCUUAGACGAAUAUCUACACUAGAUUCCCUCCCAGUGUCUAUUCUACAGGACUUCAACACAACUCAGAUCAAGAACACGUGAUGAGCCUGACCACAACGUAAAUAUAUUUCCACACCAAAAACUCGACAUAAUCCAACAACAAUGAGUGAGUGAGUAAUAAUAAUAAGGAUAAGGGAAUAUAUAACUCACCUGACACCUAUCAUACUAUCUAAAUGUCUGACUAAUCAGACAACCAAUCAUUAUCAUUCUCGCCCAUUCAUCAGAAAUAAAAUAGAAUGACA